AUGUCAUCAUCUUCUUCUCCUCCUCAUCAAUCAAUAUUACCAACAAUACCAAAAUCUGAUUUAGAUGCUUGUCAACUUGAACAAGAACAUGUUCAUAAAGUUUAUAAUAAUAUAGCUCAUAAUUUUAGUGAUACUCGUCAUAAACCAUGGCCACGUGUAGUUGAAUUUUUACGUUCAUUUCCAAGUCAUUCACUUAUUCUUGAUGUUGGUUGUGGUAAUGGAAAAUAUAUGAAUAUAAGAAAUGAUUUAAUGAUGAUUGGUUGUGAUCGAAGUGAAGGUCUUUUAAGUAUAUGUCGUGAUCGUCAAUAUCAAGUAUUUCUUUCUGAUUGUAUGAAUAUUCCUGUACCAACGAAUAUGUUCGAUGGUGUUAUUUGUAUUGCUGUUCUUCAUCAUAUUAGUACUGAAAAUCGUAGAUUAAUGGCUUUAAAAGAAAUCGUUCGUUUAUUAAAACCAGGUGGACAAGCACUUAUUACAGUAUGGGCAAAAGAGCAAGAAGUAGAAAAUAAAAAAAGUACAUAUAUUACUAAUAAAAAUACUAAAACGUGCCCAGUUCAUACAAAAAAUGAACAAACGAAUGAAAUAAUUAUUCAUACACCACGAACUGAAUUUCAACAACCUGAUUGUCUUGUUCCAUGGACUAAACCAACGGAAAAACUUUUGAGAUACUAUCACGUUUUUGUUAAAGAUGAACUUGAACAUAUAUUAAGUCAUAUAUCUCAGGUUAAAAUCAUUAAUUCAUAUAAUGAUGAUGGAAAUUGGUGUAUUAUUUUUAUGAAAAUGGCUUAG